ACAGUUGUGAAGAUUUUUGUCGUUCUGCAUGAAAUUAUGAGGAUGAUGCAUGGUCUACAUUUAUGAAGGAAGUCCAUCACCGUGCGGAGAACCCCGCCAAGAGGUGAAAAGCGGGAGAGGGUGAUCGGAGAGGAGAGGAGAGGAGAGGAGGACAGAGGAGAGGAAAGCAGGAGACUGGUGAGGUGAGAGCGUCCCCUCCCCAAUGAAGAGCCUCCAGUUCCGCAGCAUCGCCCCUAAGGCCCCUCCCCCUCCCCCAGCCCUGCUCUCAGAGACAAAGACCAACCCCAGCCCCCUGCUGGUCCCCGCACAGAACUAUGCCCUCAUGCAGGUGGCCGGUCAGGAAGGCACCUUCUCAUUGGUCCCCUUGCCCGCUUCUCCCUCCCCCACUGCCUCCUCGCCACAGCAGCAGCCAAUCAGCAAGAGCCUCAAGCUGCCCAUCCCCAGGUACCAGCCAAUGAGAAGCAAGGGAACGCCGGAGAAGGCGGGCAACAGCAAGACGGGCGGCAGCCCUGCCAAGGUUGCCAUGAUGACGCCGGCCAGAUUGUCCAUCCAAUCAAAAGCCUCGGAGGUGGCCACCGUACCCAAGGAGUCACACUGUGAUUCGCUGGUGUUUGCGUCGGAGGCGGGCUCAGAGGGUAAAAAGGCCGGCCCUCCUCUCGGGACGUUGGCCCCUAAGCCACUGGCCGUCGCCAUGCCAACCAACACAACAGACAUGAUCCCGCCCUCUUGCCAAGUCACGCCUGAGAAGAAGUGUCAGUCGGCUCCGAGCCAGCCAAUCACGGUGCUUUCUCCGGCGCUGUUUGGGAAGACGGUGAAGCUCAUCUCGCCCCCUCCCUCGGGGAAGCUGCCUAUCCUGCCUUACUCCCGCGUCAAGGACAAACUCCUAGCCAAUAGCGCCUCAGCUAACACCCCUGUUGUCCCUCCUCCCGCCCAGCCUCCCGUUCCGCCUCCACCUCCUCCCUUAACCAAUCGGAGGUCUCUGUUGCCGCUCCGACCGACGACCAGCCAAUCAGUGAAGAGGAAACGCGGCCGGCGCAGGAAGACGGCAGAGGACAUCUUGGCUCUGGAGGCUCGCAGGAAGAGGGCGUUGACCUUCUUUAGACGACGCCCACAACAACAGCCACCACCCACACCACCACAGCAACAAGCCGCCGCCGCCCCCGACAACAACAAGCCGCCUCCCACUUCCCCGUUAUGCCCCUCCUCUUCCAGAAAGUAUCGCAGCAUCCGACCCAAACCGGAUCCGUCUGUGGGUCAAACUCCUCCCCUUCUGCUGACCUCAUCAUUGUCACCGUCAUCAUCGCUAUCAUCGUCACCGCCUCAGCCCGCUAGUUUGACCCUCCACCCCUGCCCCACCUGCGGACGCUGCUUCCAGCACAAGCCCCACCUGACCAGUCACAUGACCACCCACCUGCUCUCCUCCACCAAUCACGGCAAGGCGUCGUCAUCACGCCCUCCCCCGUUGUCCCGGCCCUCUCUGCGGUGUCCCUUCUGCCAGAAGUCCUUCAGCUACGUGGGCGUCUUCUUCAGCCACCUGAGGGAACUGCACAGGGUGAUACUGACAGUGGAGCCCUCUAUUGCCCAACAUGAGGAACACACGCCUGGCUCUGAGUCUGGAGAGGAGGAGAUGGAGGACCCUGUGGAGCUGCAGAUCAAAUGUGGACGAUGCCAAGCGGUCACACCCACCUUCUCAGACAUGCAGCUACACCUCCAUUAUGUGCACGGCCAAGGUCAAGGGGUGGAGCCUGGGCCCUCAGGCGGCGGGGUCUUAUCACAGUCGUCUUCGUCCACUGCUCCGAUUGGUGGAGGCCGGACGGUGGAGGAGGAGCUGGUCAAGCAUGCGGCGCACUAUUGGAGGCAGCUGAACGAGAGGCGGGGCGGCAUGCGGAGGCGGGGCCUAUACCAGGAAAUGUUCCCGUCCAGACUCCACAGGCGCCAUCCCUAUCGCUUCGGGUCGGGGGCGGGGACAGCGGCGAGCCAGCAGCCAGGGCCAGGGCUGUCAUUGGUCAGGACUGGGGGGCGGGGCUUUGACUGUUUCUUGUGCAGCGCGCUAUUGGACAGCAAGCAGGAAGUGCUGGAGCACUGGAGGGGGCGCCACCACUGUGAAAAGCCGGCCCUCUUAUGGGAGGUGCUUAGCGGAGAGGGAAAAUCCAUAGAUGAUGCAACAACAAUAGCAGCAGCUUCGAGUGACGCUUGAUGUCCAACAAAUAAGAUAAUUGUGAAUGUGUGUGUGUGUGCGCGCGUGUGCGUGUGUGUGUGCCACUGAUGUGUAUCAGAGUUUGUGUUCCAGUGUGUACCGGUAUAUUGCACACAUGAAGGUGUGUGUGUGUGUGUGUGUGUGUGUGUGUGUGUGUGUGUGUGUGUGUGUGUGUGUGUGUGUGUGUGUGUGUGAGUGUGAGUGUGUAAGAGAGAGAGAGAGAGAGAUACAUGUAAGUCACUACUACAAACUUGUUCCGCUGUUCUGCCACGUAACCAUGUUCAGUUGCACUGCAUUCGUCAUUUGAAUGUCAACUUCUUCAAACUUUUUUGUUGUUGUUUUUGCUUGAGUUGCUAAUUUAUACAAUUGUUUUGACGUGUUUUUCCUACAAGAGUGUGUUGUGUUCUCACUGUAAAUAUAAUUUGUAUAAUUUGAGUGUUUUUGUUCGAUGCUAAGUUCAUGUGGUUAUUCACUACAAAGCAGAGGAGAGAGAUCUGAUCUAGGUCCACGAAGCCUUCAGAAAACAAAACCAGCCAAUCAUGCCUCUCUUUCAAGUUUUGUUAUUAUUUCAUCAGCCAAUUGCAGAUUUCGCCUGUGUUGCACUGGCUAACCUGGGGUCCGUAUCUCGAAAGCGUCUUUGCUAACGACGUUACCAACGUCCUUUGUAAGAGCGACUCAACUCUCUCUCGACAGUGACGCUCACCACUAAAUCCAAGGGAAUGGUGUUACGUCUUAAGACGGUUUUAAGACGGUUAGCAAUGACAAGAAUCGAGAAACGGACCCCAGAGCUCAUCAUGUUCUCAGGAUGAGAAACUGAGUCAAGGACCUUCAGGUGUGAUUGGGUGUUAAUGGGUGACAUCAUAAUGCAAACUUUUGACUGUCAUAUAAAGACAUUUUCAAGGACAGACAACGACACAAAACAAAGCCCAAUUUGAAUGUCCACCCAUGUGUGUUAGAUCGUGUUUAGGUGUGUGUGCGUGAAUGUGUGUGUUGUGGCUUACUGAUUGUCAGAUGUCUAUAUUGCUUUUCCAAAAAAAAGAAACCAGACUGUUGUUCAACUGUGUGCAAAUGAUGUAACAGUAAAAAAACAAAACACAUUAUUGACAGGGUAACUGAAUGUUUCACACCAUAUAAACGAUAAGCAUACUGUUCUAAUAGAUAUA